AUGAAGCAACCACCAACACAACAACAAGAACAACAACAGCAUGAAUCGCUCAUGAAGAGUGGUACUCUGAAUCUUGAAAGUACUGCCUCGCGAGAGUGGAAUCAAGAGGAAAGGACGAGAGUAGAAAACUCUCCGAGAAGAAGGCUCAACAUCAUGAAGAAGAAGACUCUCGAUGAUGAUGAUGAUGAUAUUCGUCCAUUCAAUAGCAACAAAAACAACGACAACAACCGCCUACCCUAUUCAGUAGUGCACAACCAUUACUCUCCGAGCGAUGAUGAUGAUUCACCAAAAGAUCUGCCGAAUCCCAACAAUACCAACAUACUGGGCUUCAACAAACAACACAUCAUCACUGAAACGAUUGGCCUUCCUGAUAUGGCACGACACAACAACAUCAGCACCACAACGACCACGUUGUCGGAACAACAACAAAAAGGUCAAGGCUUAGUCCUUUUAAAAUUAUCCGAAGGUAUUGAUACGAAAAGACUCCUCAUUGAUGAUGAUGAUGAUCAUGGGUCGAGUUGUAAUAGUUGCUCUAGUCGUUGGAUGGAGAUUUUCCUCAUGAAAUUAAUGUUCAGCCCCAAGCUUGUGACUAUCGUCUUGGUAGUUCAAUAUUUCUUUCUCCUUUUGCAUACAUAUCUUUCUCAGGGAAUGGCCAUUUGGGUCAUCAUGUUCCUGACGUGCGUGGCAGGUGUGCUUAGUAAUUCCAAGUAUAUUGUAGCUUCGUUGUGGAAAGCUGUUGACAAUGCGACCGUGGACGAGCACACCUCAAACAUGAUUGAAAGGAAUCGAAUGAUGUUUAAUAUGGCACUUUUUUCUGUUCGAUAUUUUAUUAUAGAACCCUCGAAUCGUAUCCUUUUAGUUCCAAUUUAUUUCAUGGUGAUCACAUCUGCAAACGCUUUGAAAGGCAAACAGGCCCUUUGGGUCUUCUUUCCUCCCUACUACAUUUCCGCUCAUUAUUUUAUGAGUGGUCUUUAUGAAUUUGUGCAAUGCACGUCACACGAAGGAUUAACUCAACACUCGCUUCUGGUACUUUCUCACAGUGUGUCCAUAAUGCUUUGUGUGUUAUUAUAUAGUUUUUAUAUUGUCACAAUAUCGACCAAUUUGAAAAGCAAGGUGCAAUCUCUGGAGAAAGCUGGAGACCAAUUGGAAAAAGCUCUUUCUGCCAAACAAACCUUUCUACGACAUAUUUCUCACGAAUUUAGAUCUCCAUGUUUAAGCAGCCUGGGAAGUGUAGAACUAUUAAGAGAAACACCACUGACACCCAUUCAACAAGAGUUGAUUGAUACAAUUGCCGCUGCUGACGGUAUUCUAUUAACUCUCAUUGAGGAUAUUUUAACACUUGUCAAGCUUGAAUAUGAACAGAAGUCGGAAAAGAAGGACUCUUCACAUGUUCAUUCAAAUCAAUCUACAAAAACAUUUUCACUUGGAAAAAGUGUAAAAAUUUUGGAAAAUAUAAUCAAAAGCUACUCGACGCAUUUUCGUGUGAAUUUUAAAGCCCAAAUUGAUGAGAAAACAAAAUCCACUGUGGUUAGAGGAAAUCAACAACGGAUUCAUCAAAUUAUUACAAAUUUACUUACAAAUGCUGUUAAAGCAUCUAAGCCCAAUGACACAGUUGAACUCACUUGUUGCUUGACUGGAAAACCAAAAAACAACAAUGGACGGACACAACAAGAAGUCACAUUUCAAGUGAGUGAUCAUGGUUGUGGAAUUCCCAAAGAAAAGCAACGCACCAUCUUUGAACCAUUUUCACAAUUGCAUAACCUUAAUGAGAGUAUCUACCCAGGUUCUGGACUAGGUCUGAGUAUUGUUCUUUAUCAUGUGCGAUCCAUGGGAGGAACCAUUUCACUAGAAUCUGAAGUUGGUAAAGGAUCUUCAUUUACCAUCACACUUCCACUUGAAAUUGCCACAUCCGAACAGACGGAAGAAAACCAAGUGGACACUUCUAUUCAAAGGCAGUUGUCCAUUCAAGAGGAAUAUUUAAAGCACAUAACUCAAUCAGAACAACAUGUGCGUCCUCACACUCAAAAUGCGCAUAUUAUCAUUGCAGACGACAAUUCAAUCAAUCGAAAAAUAAUUUCAAAAUUAAUUGAAAGCAUGGGCUUUUCAGUUGAUUGUGUGAAUGACGGACAACAACUCAUCGAGAAUUUCAACAAGGAUCGUCACCAUAUUGUGAUUACUGACAUUAAUAUGCCCAAGCUUAAUGGAUUUGAAGCAGCAAAGGUGUUGAAAUCAAGAAGUCGAACGGUAAAAAUCUUUGCUCUGACUGCAGACGUGCUGGCUGAAUUGCCAACAACUAUUUUCGAUGCUGUUCUAUUCAAGCCAUGCCAAAAAUCCACUCUCAAAGAAUUGUUGGAUAAGUUUUACCCAAAGAAUGACUCGAAUACGAUAAAUUCUGAACUAAGUGAAGGGCGUGAAUUUUUCGAUUGCAAAUAA